AUGAUAAGUAGUAUUGGCAAAUUAUCACAUGUUAGAGGAAUUAUAUUUGAUCUAGAUGGCACCCUUACAAAGCCGAUAAUGGACUUCAAAAAGUUAAGGAGUGAUCUCGGUAUUACUACUCCAGGCGUCGAUAUUCUAGAGGUUAUCAAGACGUGGAGUCACGAGAAACAAGUGGAAGGACACAAAAUCAUCUAUGAUUUCGAAAGAGAAGCGUCUUUGCGUUUAGAGUUUCAACCGGGCGCAUCGGCUUUGAUGGAUACUCUCGAGCGACUAAACAUAAAGAAAGCGAUUCACUCACGUAACUCAAUAGAGAACAUCGAGUACUUUCAAGAGAGGUUUGGAUAUACAUUCUCACCGAUAGUCGGUCGUGAGAUUGAACCAAAGCCAAGUCCAGCAGGUAGUCAUCACAUUGCCAAGCACUGGCAGAUGCAACCCUCUGAGAUACUGUUCGUUGGAGAUUCUCAAGAUGAUAUGCGAUGCAGCCGAGCAUUCGGCUCACUAAGUAUUCUUUUGUUGAAUUCAUCCAAUAAGCAUUAUACAGAGCUAAGCGACAUCGCCAUCGAAAGUCUAUCAGAGUUAUCGGAGGCAUUGGAGCAAUCUUUUAAAAACAAACAAAUAAGUAAUAGUACAUCAACAGAAAAUAGUAACUUGUCAAAUAGUAAUAUAUCAGUAAACUAA